UUCCUCUUAGAGCAAUACAAAGUUAUAAACACAUACAUACAUUACACAUCCAUUAAAGAUGAUAUGCGAAGAGGCAUAUCAGUAUCAACAACUCCAUGCACAAAAUGAUCACAUGAUGACAAUGAUGAUGAUGGACUUGAGCCAAUCACCACUCUCAUCACCCAUAUUAUCAAAGAAUACUGACAACAAUGAGGAAGAGAGGCUAGAGGAUGUGAAUUUGAGUUGCAUGGCAUUACAAUCUCUCCCAAAUCCUUCCCUCAAUUUGGGAAUUAUUUGUAAGCUUGAUCUCUCCAACAAUCAUAUCAAGAAAAUACCAGAAUCUCUAACGGCAAGACUUCUUAACUUGGUAGCAUUAGAUAUACACUCAAACCAGAUCAAAGCUCUUCCAAACUCCAUUGGCUGUCUCUCUAAGCUCAAGAUCCUGAAUGUAUCCGGCAACUUUCUCGUUUACCUCCCCAAAACUAUUCAAAAUUGCAGGUCACUAGAAGAACUAAACGCCAACUUCAACGAGCUCAUUAGAUUACCAGACUCCAUCGGGUUAGAGCUAACCAACCUAAGGAAGCUCUGCGUCAACUCCAACAAGCUCAUCACCCUCCCAACCUCCAUCACCUACCUCACCUCCCUCCGUGUCCUCGACGCUCGUCUCAACUGCCUCAUGAUCCUCCCCGAGGACCUCGAGAACCUCAUCAACCUCGAGAUCCUCAACGUCAGCCAAAACUUCCAGUACCUUACAACACUCCCAUCUUCCAUCGGCCUUCUCAUGAACCUCCUCGAGCUAGACAUCAGCUACAACAAGAUCACGGUCUUGCCUGAGUCCAUCGGAUGCAUGAGGCGGCUAAAGAAGCUGAGCGCGGAAGGGAACCCGAUCGUGUCCCCACCGAUAGAGGUCGUGGAGCAGAGCUUGCAGGCGGUGAGGGAGUAUCUGAGCCAGAAGAUGAAUGGUAGGCUGGUGAACGCAUCUCCGAAGAAGAAGUCGUGGGGGUUCCGAAAACUGGUGAAGUAUGGAACGUUCAAUGGAAGAUCAAGGGCUUGGACAAGGGAAGAGAGAGAAGGGCUGAUAAUGCCUGAGUACCGUCCCAUUGAUAUCUUGGCUUCGAAUAGGUUCCCUGGUAUCUCACCUCGGCGUAUCUUCUCUCCAAGAACCUACUUCAGCAGAUAAGUAUAAAGCAUGCAGUAAAGAAAAUUUAUUCUAUCUAUCAACCAUUUACUUAAAGUCAUCAGUAAAUGUAUAUAAACGGCAUUACAUUACAAACUUCUUAUUGUAAAUCAUGUAAUCAAAAUUAUACAAAUAUAACAGUCUCUCCUCACGUAUUCACAUCCCUUCCUGAUACUUUAAAAUAGUGAAAGUUCCAAGGUUUGUGCCUUGUAAGAGAAGCAAAAGACCGUCGGUUUCAGGAUAACUCAUUCCCAAAUCAAAAGAUCUGUAAGGCUACCAAAAGAACCAAUCAACCACAUAAUACGGUACACUCGAUUCAAAGAAUCACGCAGCAAAUGAGAUAAUACACAAGAAACAGAGUUCUAGAAAACCCAACAUUCACAAUCUCUACUUUACUUGUUACCAACACAAGUUUAAACGAUGAGGUUGAUAUAU